AUGCCUACCACAAGGGAAAACAAACUUUUGUUCCACUUUGCUAUCCAGCUAAUGAGAUAUUCCUUGGGGAGAAUUUCACUUGGGUACUGGCCUACCAUGCUGGGAAACACAAGAAAAAUCCUCGACAGAAGGUAUCUAAAGACGCUACAAUCAAUUCAUGAUCAGAUUCAACUUAUCGAACAAUCAACAGAUGUUGAGGUAAUUUGUGUGCUUAGUCGUUUCAACGAUGCCGACUUCUCUGUCUUUCCCGAAGAAAAAAAACAUGAUGAUGAUGUUGUUAAAGUUAUCGACCUGGUGAAUAGAGAUUAUAGAUUAACCAAGUCAGAUUGGAGCAUGAAGUGCGUUGUGUUGAAAGAAGCUGGAGAUUUCAUUUCUCAGGAGAAUGUGAGAUCUCGUGUAUAUGAGUGUGAGCAGAUGAACCAAGUAGACUUAUCUGCCUUUCCCAAAGAAGAAGAACAUGAUGAUGAUGUUGCUACAGUUAUCGAAGAAAACAAGGCACUGUUUUAUCGUGUCUCAGAGUUGGAGGAACUGUUACGCUCAUUACAUUGUCGGGAUGUUGACACAUCUUCCAGAAAUGAUUAUGGAGCUGAUUCCAAUCUCUCAAGUCUGGGUUAUGAAGUCUUGGUUUUCCUUUGUCCAUGUUAG